UCAGGAUUUUAGCAAGGAGGGUGUGUUGACCAGAAGAUUCUUUGCUAAAAAAAAAGGUAUGAAAAAGAAAAAAGAAGAAAAGAAAAGAAAAAAGUAAACACAGGGGAAUGGAAUUAAGGAAAGAGAGAGAGAGAUAUAGGAAUGCAUAACAUAGCGUGAACAUAACGUGAGGUCUCCAAAAAAGGGAAAGUCCCUUCCUGGGUGGCACAGAUACCCUAGCAGUAUAUAACCCAUCUCCAUCUCAGGCUAACCUCAGUCUUGGAUUCUGUUUGAUAUUUUCUUCUUUCCAGAUGAAGACCAAGAGAAGACGUUUGAGUCGCGGUGGUCGCUGGACGGAAGACGAACGACGCCGGCUGUGGCGACUACGUACACUUAACGAACAUCUUAACUGGGAUCAGUUCCAGAGGUUGUACUUUCCUGAACGGAGUUAUAUGGCCUUGACGAAGGCUUAUUCUGAUAUGAGAAUGAGACGGUAUGCCACGAUGAACAGUAAUGUCAGCAACGGGACAACUUUACCAUCCAAGACCAGCAGGUCAAACAAGCGUCCAAAUGCCGACGGUCCGUCUGUCAACGAGCGAGCCAGUAAACAAACCAAGACAGCCGAGAAGGAUUCGGCCUACAUACCCGAUGGAGAUAGUGAUGAGACCGACUUAGAAACAGAGGUAAUGGAUUACCAAUUUGAUGGUCGCGUUACUGUGGUACAUGACCACUCCUCAUUCAGUUUGAUCGCAGGUUCGCUAACCAACAUAAAGUCGGAUCUUGUGAAAGGUCCGACCAGAAGUUCAGCAGAUUCAGCGGCCACCAACCAGCCCCAGAAAAAUGGGAGAGUACCUGUGCCUCAAUGGCCUAAGAACGGUACGAGCUUAGGAGCGGGUGCGUCCAACAAGACAACUGCUCAACCUCCUGAGCCUCCUGGCCGAGCGGGUCCAUCUGGAAAAUCCAGAGGCACUGAGAAGGCCCUGGGCCCUGUUAUCGCUAGCAAGCCUGUCCCAGCGGCUACAUCGGCGCAAAGUACUCUUCAACCCAGAGUCAAUCAUGGCGCUCUCCCGUCUAAGGGUUCUGAGCCGAGCCAGGGUAGUAUGCAGAUACGAAGCCCAGCUUCAGACACAGUACAUGGGACCAUACCUAGCCUUGUGGAGCCAAUCAGUGACCACAAGCAUGAGCCGGUACCAAAGAACCCCAAGAUGCCAAGAACCAAGAUCUUAAAGGAGACCCUGCGCGAGCUGUUGUUGGAAGCUGAUUCCUACCAGUCAGAGCGGCUGAUUAACGAAAAACAUACGGAAGAACUCAAGGAACUCAGGUCCCAAAAUGCUACCCAGAAAAAUCAUAUAGAAAUCCUUGAGGCAGAGCUCUCCGAAGCACGCAGCAACUUAAGUCAACAAUCCAAAUCAGGCCAACCUUCAAAGUGCGAAGAUUGCCCGAGGCUGCGGGAGCAGAUUACGGCUCUGGAAAAGGACAAGGAAUGUUAUGAAUUCGUGAAAAAGCAUUUUAUCUCCGGCUUAGAAGGAAAAUAGCACAAUCCUAACUCGUCGGCGUCUGCCACUGCGGUGUCUGGUUGAAUUGUAGGCUACCAGCCUUCGUCAACCGAUUUUGAACCAAGGAGUCCAAAUGAAGGGUGAUGGUGUUGUUGAUUAGUCUAUAUAUGGGCGACAGAUUGAGCAUUACAGGCGUUACUUUACAAAUCUCCUAUUUUAUUGUCCUAUUUAGUUUUGCGUAUGACGAUACUAUGGCUCGCUCUUAUAAGGAAUAUACCAUGAAGGUUUUUAUGUACUAUAGAGAUCCCAUCUCUCCUGCCCAAACUGCAGGAAUAUGUAAUUUUGCUUUAUUUAACAUCAAGGUUACUCAUUUGUGAAUAUUCCAGAUAUAAGGAUUCUCUUGGCAAACUACUGUACAAUAUUUAGCCCUCAC